GUUUUCGAGAUCACCCUGGCCUUCGCAAAGCAAACUCUCCUGCGUGGUGGACCGGCUGCCCUCAACCUCUUCACCGAAGAGCGCAUUGUGGAGGCACUCGAGGACGCGCGCGAGUGGGACAAUCGCCUCGUGCGAGAACCUAGCAUUUUACUAGAUGUGAAGAACUAUCCGCUUUUAGGUGUCCCAGUAUCGAUUAAGGACUGUUUGGCGGUAGAGGGAUGCCACUCGACUUAUUACGCUUUGGUUUUCAGGCAGCUUCCGUAGUCCGCCUGCAUUGUUUUACAGAGUAAGUACUAUCUACGCAGGUCGUGCGCACAAGAUUGACUGCGUCGUCGAGGAAGUCUACUCAGAUGCGAGUCGUAUACUUUCUAGCUGUAGCACCUCUUGACUCCCUAGUAUCUCUAAAGUGUUGGCGGGGUCGGUCGCAUGUGCGGUUUUGGUCCAGCCAAGGAAGAUUGCUCUCUCGUCACCGUCUGGAAGCAAGCGGGUGCGAUCGUCCUCGCGCGAGGCAACGCACCUCAAUUUUUGCUUCUUCCAGAAUCUAGGAAUGAUAUCUGGGGAACUUCCCGCAACCCGUACAAUGACCGUCGAACGCCAGGCGGCUCAAGCGGUGGCGACGCUGCUCUGGUCGCAACCGGGGCGGCUGUUCUAGGACUUGGUACAGAGUUUGUAGACAAAAUACUGAGCUUGCCGUAAAUGAUAUCAAUUUUUGUACAACCUGUACUAUUUCCUCGUAUACAAGAGCCUCGUCAUCUAUGAUUUAAUGCAAGGGUUAUAGUAUCUUGAAGCCACCAACCGCAGUACCGACCGGAAUUUUUGAAUACUUGGAAAUAUUCGACUAAAACAGGUACAGACGUCGGUGGGUCCGUGCGCAUUCCUGCCGCCUUUUGUGGCGUAGUCGGUUUCAAGCCAACGAGUGAACGGCUCAAAGUACACCGAAACGGACCAUUGUUGCGCGAAUAUGGCACUAUGAUGUACGUUCCCGGCGUGUCGGGUGUCAUGGGGAACAGUUGUGACGAUGUGGAGGCGGGAAUGUACGCGUUGCUGUACGAAUUCGAAGGCCGCAAAAACAUUUACGAAAUAGACAAGCGUAUGCCCAGGCAAGGCUGGCGAGGCAGCGACGGCGACUGGAAUGAGCGGCGCCUGCGCAUCGGCUACGUAGUCGACGAUGGCUACCUAGAAGUUCCGAAAGCGCAGCGGCGCGCGUUGGACGAGGUCAUUUACGAUUCUACAACUAUAUUUAACGAGGACUAGAAAAGGCUCAUGAUCAUCUAGUAGCGAGUGAGGUAGCACGAAAGUCGAUUUGUUAGAUGACCACUGCAUCGGUCGGUCUUGCCUUACAAGAUGAGAUUCACGCGGUGCCGGCAUUACAAGCUUUAUAAGCUGGACUUGUUCUAAGCCUCGCAGUUAUUUCGUGAUGAGGGGCACGAGCUCGUGCCGUUUCCGGUGCGAGAGAACCCGAAACUCGAUGUGCACCGCAUGUACUCACUUUACACUGGCGGCUGGUGCGACGGAUCUAUGCACGGGUGGACGGAGAACUGCCUCCAGGGCCAGCCUCUUCAUCGCGACUACGGCCUGGUUUUAAGGCUCAACUUUCGUUGGUCAUUGAGGUUGGUCACUGAGAUCGAAGAGGGGACCUCCUUAGAGAACGGGAAAAUGAAGGGAAAACAAGGGGAGAGGCACAGGGCCCUUCUCUUUCAGAAUGAGUGACCAAUGAAUGUCGACGUUUAAUGGUUUACUUCGGAGCCGCUUAUAUCCGUGACGGAAUCAUUCGGCGCGCGAUCUGCUGGCUACUGCGCAACCUUGUUGGCGAUGCAAGGCGGGCCUUUGUUUUCAGCCAGGUCCGGCAGAAGUCUUGCUCAGUUCGCGAAUACUGGAAUUUCUACACCAAUGGCCUUUACCACUAUUGUGCCGACUACCUUUAUGACGGCCUUUUGAAGAUGCAAUGUGGCUAAAGAUGAACAUAGUGCUAUAACGAAUACUACAGCAACAAAUACUAGUUCGACGUCAACAAAGUUCUCUGAAAAAAAGGUUUGUCCACAGCAGAACAAAGGCGCGGAGAGAUAUUAGAUCACAUUUGGACAGCGUACUUGUACUUCUCUAAUUGACAGAGCAGUUUGAGGAGCUCGAGUUGGAUUGUCUCCUCUACCCGUCGACUCCUUAUCCUGCAUGUCAGCAUGGUGGUGCGAAAAGCUUGGUUGCCGGUUGCGAGUACACCUUUAUUUUCAACCUGCUGCGGUGGCCUGCUGGCUCGAUUCCGGUCACGACAGUUCGUGAAGGAGAGGAGGAAGGCUACGAACCACGCGAGCAAGCGAAUGACGCGCUGUCAAAGGCCAUGCGUCGAUGUCUAGCUAAUUCUGCGGGCAUGCCCAUAGGAGUACAGCUCGCAGUGCCGGAGUGGCAGGAUGAAAAAUGCUUAUCGAUCAUGACGUAUGUCGAACAUCUUCUACGGCAAAAACGCAAGAAAGCCGAAGAAGGAACAAGGUAACGUCGCAAUGAGGGUCUUGGGGUUUGCCUUUCAUCACGUGCACACUAGUCAGUACUUGUUCUUCUUUCUCAUUCUCUUGUCGACUAUUAUCCGUGUUAGAUUCGUCUCCUUAACCUUACCAAUCAAGCAAGCUUGGAGAAAGUCGCGUGUGUGCGCUAGCGAUAUAUAUCGACGCACAACCGUUGACUUACUGCUGCUGCUUGACACUAGAGUACACUAUAAGACCAGGUUUUAGGAUCGUGGAGGUCGUGAGUCUUAUCCUCGAUGUCUCUUCGAUGAUUCAGAGAGAGUGGCUGUACCAAAUUGUUCUGAAAAGAAACCUUUUGUUUCGACCUUGUCGGCCGUUUAUUUCGAUACAAGACUGCAUGGAAUUCGUUUUUUUUGCUGAGGAGUGC